UGCUUGACUUGUCUGGCACUGAGUGUAAAUUUAUAUUUGAUAUGAUUGUCCCUUGAACAUAUGUACCUGACUAUGAAUGCAUUAUUUAUGUUUUCAGGCAGAAAAUGAACAAAAUAACAUCCAGGAUUCGCUUAGAAAUCUAGACAUUCUUUCAUUGCUAUCUGAAUGUGUUCCAAUUUUCUUUGCCAUAUGGAGCAACCGGAGAGGGAAUAGGUUAGAAAAAUAACGUAAUUACUAUUUCAGUGAAAAAUAUAUCUGAAUAAUUUAAACAAUAUCAUGCAAGCAACACAAAUCUGUCAAAAUUGUUUCCUCAUGGUAGUCUAACUUGGCGCAUCUCUGGCGUUUUUUUUCUGUUACUUCUGAUGUUGUUUUUACCUUCAUGUGAACACAAGAAAUGUUUCCAGAUCCCAGUGUUUUAAUCAUGGAAAUAUAACCAUCCCCUUUGGAAGUCCAUUAGUCCUGGGAUGGGUGAGGUCGACGCGUCACUGUAAGGAAUCAAGGGGGAUGGGACACUUCAGAGCUCAGCACCUCAGCCCAGCCUCUAGGAUCCAAUGACUGCUGAAACUGAUUUUACAAAAGUGGGUGGAGGGGGAGAAGCGGGAAGACUCCCCCAAUUUCCCUCAGUGGCCGCUCCGCCGAAGGCGGGGCUCCAGGGAUGCUUUUGACAGCUGCGAGUCAAAAAAAAAAAAAUGUGCAGCUCAGAGAAGGUCGGAGGAACCAUGCCGCUGCUCCAAGAUAACCGCGCAGUCACGAGGAAUGGGAUGGAAUUUGACCCUCUGUAGUUUGCGUUUGCUCUCCUAAAACUGCGCCAACCAACGACAAGAAAAAAGAAAAAAAAAAUCAAACCGGGUCAGAUUUUUUUUUCUGCACCUUAUAGCGGAUUUUUCUUUGGGUGAGAUGCAGCGCGCGCUCUCGUUUCCAGCAACCGUGGAGCGCAGUCGAACCAAGGAUCGCUUGGAGGCGAGUCUGGCCGGGCUGUGUGAGCUGGAGCUCCGCAGACAGAGGCAGGAGUGUCUUGUGCUGGGAGCGCUGGCUCUGGGAGAGCCUCCAGCCCAGGAUGGCUCAAGAGGAGAGCUGGAAUGCUUCAGCAGCUGGGGCCAGGAAAACUUGACGCUCAGGCGUCAGCUGAGCGCUCUCCACAGCGCUCCAUGGGGCCUUAUGCAGGCGCUAGAACAGCAAGUAGAAGAUCUGAAGAUUGACAUCAACGACGGCUGCUGUGAGGGAGCUCAACGAGACGCCGGUGACAGUCGGCCGAGUUCUGGUUUUUAUGAUUCAAGUGAGGGGCAAUCACCAAAAGGAAAACCCUCCUCAGCUGAGCCCACUGAGCCCGUCUCCUCCUGGACUUACACCAAUGACAGACCAAAGUCUUUAGGAGACAACUUCAUGCUGAAUGGGGAAUUUGAUGUACCAGUUAUUCGGCCCAGCCUUCCUCGUUCCUUCUCUGCACCUCACCCACCACUAGAGGGCAUUGUAGAGGAGGGCUCAGUUGAAGACUCUUGGCGGUGGGACACCAGUGUUGCCAGCCACACCUGGCAGCAGCAACCUGCAGAGGAUCAGAUCACAGAGGAGGACUAUCAGCAGGCUUUCAGAGUGGAAGGUUACAUGCUGAGUCUCAUCCAGCGUUACGCUCUUUUAUCGCGGCCAUGUCAGCCUCGGACCACCCUGACCCCUGACCCCACAUACAGCGGUGCCUCCGGACACAGCUCCCAACACAGGAGAACUCCCUCUUUAACCACAGAGCAACGUCUUCCUGACCCCCAUUGUCAGCCCCAUGUUGACCUAUCGGCAAAACCUAAGAGUCAGGAAUGGGGUUGUGACCUGCCUGAGGGGGAAGCCCGAAGGGCAGAGGCCCCAUCUUUUGAGGAGGGUUGUUAUUUGCCUCUCUCCUAUCCCCAGCCCAGACCAAACCCUCUGACAGGGAGACUGCCAUCACCUCUGCCCUCCUUGGAGCCAAACUGUGGCGUUGACCUUUGCUGUGAACCUCCAUCCCCCCAACAUUAUCUACAUCCACAACCCUCUGUUUACCAAGUACACAAUUUAGUAAGUGCUCAGUAUAUCCCAGGACAAGCCUGUCAUGCUCCUGUACGGUCCCCCAGACAUUACAAACCUGAACAGUCAAAGGCCAAUCGAGCAGCUGCCUCUCCUGAUCAGUCCAAUUCAAAGUCCAAAGCUCCUAAAAAAAAUCACAAUGAACGACAGAAAUCCAAGAAGGCAAACAACAAAACCAACCGAUCCCAUUCUGAAAACAGCCUUCCAGGACAGAGAGUGGUUCCUGACAGGAGGUACAGCACCACAGAGAGGCGUCCGGGACGAACCAAUCCUGCCCAGAACCAAAGCCAAAUCACUGCACCCCAGGUGGCCAGCAAGGGCCACAGUGGAAACCGCCGCUGGUGCUCCAACCUGGAGCUCAGCCAGGAUGAGGGUGAAAUCCAGAAUGCAGCGCAGCCACAUAAACGAUCUUCUCGAAAAGCUCGUCACGGUCACUCUUGCUCCCAGUCCCACCAACAGCAUGCCCAGCGUUGGCACCAGGACUCUCAGGUCCGUGCCCCCUUGUGCCACAGCGAGGAGGGCUACGCCGGGGCUGCCCCCGCCGAAUCCGAAUCCAGCAUGAGCGAGGUGUACUCCCCGCCAUCCAGCUCGCUGUCCAGCGAUUCGGAUGAGAGUGGGGGGCUUGUGUGGCCCCAGCAACUACCGCCUCGCCUUGCUUCUACCUCUUCAUCAUCGUCUGCAUCUCCACAAGCCAAUGCCAGCGCUGCGACUCAGCCCAAAGCCUUCGUCAAGAUCAAAGCCUCCCACGCUCUCAAAAAGAAGAUACUCAGAUUCCGAACAGGGUCACUUAAAGUCAUGACCACUGUUUGAGUCUAAUCUCACACAACCUGUAUCAUGAACGUAUUAAACAGCUCUGAACAUCUUCAUGGCUGUUCCUUUUGGCCACAAAUUCUACACUAAAUAAUAAAUCCAUUCAUUAAAAUAAACCUACCUCUAUCCCUGAUGAAAUGCAUUUACAUUCACAAAAUUGAUUAAAAUAUAGCAUGACCACCACUGUCUGUCUGGUUGAAAUAAUUUUCAAUUCGACAACCAUCAGAUACUAAAAUGAUGGGCACCCUCCUCAUUGAUUCAUGUUACACUGUGCUAACAGAAACAGCCAUAAAAUUAAGCAAUUGAACUUGUUUGUUUGUUUGUUUUGUUUAUGUUUAUUGCCUAUUAAAUUAAUCAGAGCUGGCGCGUGUGGUUCAAGAACUUUCUACUACCUGCAUAAAAUAAAUUAAAAAUAUUUAAAGCUAUGACACAAAAUUAAUUUAAUGAAUAUCAUAUGGUAUUCUGGCUAUGUAAAGUGUCCCUCAAAAACGUUAAACAUUAAUUUAGUUAAUUACAAUUUUUGCAGAAGAAGUAGAUGAAAUCUCUUGAACAAUGUCAUGCACCAUUCUGUGUAUCUCCAACUGGAUUUGUUUGCUGGUUGUGACAAUGAGUUGCAUUUCCUAAAGAAUAUUUUCCACUUUAUUUGUCCUUUUGUCGGUUUCACAACCUCAUAUCAUUAUUGACUGUGGAGGUUUGCGUAUUUUCUUCCAGCAGUGAUCUUUGUCCGGGCAUGGUUAGAGAUUAUUAAUUUGAAAUCCAAUGAAUUUCAAUGAGUAUCACCAAACAAAAUACAUUCUCAUCUUGAGCACAACAUAUUUACUUCACUACUUCACCUACUUUAAUCUAGUUAUCCACUCUCCAUGUUUGCUUCUUUGUAGCCAACUUCUUUCAUGUUCCAAUAAAAAUCAGCGUAUCUAUAUGGAAAAAGUCUCAAUGAUUCUUUCUUAUUGGACACCUAAUUACUUUUUUGUCUCUUCAGACAUACUUGACAUGUUUCAACGUUCUACUUCUGUCUUUGUCAGGGGCCUCCCAGCUACUGUUUCAAAAAGCAAACGAGCAACAGCUGGGAGACGGUAGCAGAACGCUGAAACAUGUCAAGAGACAAAAAGUAAUUGGAUGUCUAGUAACAAAAGGAACCUUAAGUCCCCACUUCUUUCUUUCUUCUGGUUACAUGAUGGUGGUUCUUGUUUCGCUUUUCAUUGUUAAAAGACAUAUAUGUCUCUCAGUUUAAUUUUUACAGGAUGGCCCUAUUUCUGUCCAUAUGUUUUGUUGGGGGGUUUUUUUUGGUCUUUUUUUGCAAACAUCCUUUUUUUUUACCUUUCCUGUCCUACUGCUUUCAUGUCCUCAUUGGUCUACCUUAAAUUUUCCUUUUUGCAACUUCUUCAUUUUGCUUGAACAUACAACAAAAUUUUAGCAUGCAUGCACAAGGUGCAUCUUUUGUUGCAUUUUUAUGACCAUUAAUCUCGAUUAGUCAGCUAGCUGUUAUCUUACUUGGAUUCUGUUUUCCAAAUCCAAAACCUCCUUACGAUAUUCAAGCACUCACUCACCUGUUUAAUUAGACUUAAGUCUUCAGCUGUUAAACAAAAAUAAUGUUGUGCCAUAUCUAUUAUUUUUUGUAAACUCACUGACUAAACACUCUCCAUGAUUUCAGUUUGUUAGCCAAGGGUUGUGUAACUUUUUUUCUAAUCAUUUCUCAAAAAAAAUAAAAAUAAAAUCUUGGAGAAAUAUGGCAUAUAUUUAUUCUUUGUCAAUAAAUAUUUAUUCCUCACAGUAUUGUGGAGGUAAUGCUUAUCUUAAAUGGGGAGUAGACCAUAGCCAAGGUACACCCAGGACAAAGUAUCAGUCAAUCACAAGGAUCACAUACAAGAUAUAAAAACUAUUGAUACACACAUAGACCUUGGAGCAACACAGAGCCCUCAGUUUCCCUAAAAUGCAUAAUUUGAACCCGUGGGAUAAAAUUGAAGAAGCGAUAACCUAUUCAUACACUGAAUGAGCAUACAAACUCCAUAUAAGGUCUGAAGAGUUUGAACCUAAAACCUUCUUCCUGAACAAUAUUAUCAACUAGUGACUGUGUGCCACUCUAUCUAUAGCAUGGUGUAUAAUCAUGCUAAAGAUAUAUGCAUGGGAAAAUAUUGUUUGCUAGACCUCUCUAAAUAUUGUCUUAAAAAGUAAAUUUUAAACUAUUUUUGGAGCUUUUGAAGGUCAACUCGGAGCCAACUCAAAGUCUUACCUGGGAAUGAAUACGUGUCUGUAUUUUCUAGGGUUGCACAAUUUAUUGGGGUGCACAUUUAUUGGCCAGCCAAUUUAUCAGUGCCGAUUUCAUUAAUUUUAGGAGAUCAGUAUUCGGCUGAUUUUUACAUGUGAAACCGAUCUUAUCCACCGAUGUUAUCAACCUCAGCAAAGGUCUAAAAAUCAACCAUUGUGCUUUUCUUUUCUCCUGUGAGAAAGGUUUGACUGACAAACUGACCAACCAGGUCUUGUCUGCACAUUUACAGUUAAUAAUAGUCACCCCAUUAUUGCCAAUUCAGCAACUGUCUUUAUAUACUAAGCAACAUUUCAGACCAAAACUGCCAAAAUCGGAAUCGGUAAAUUAGGCUUUUUAAGAGAUCAGUGAUCGGCCAGAAAACUGCAAUCAGUUCAGCCCUACUCUUUUCCCCAUGAAUAAACUUGUUUUAGGAGAAUCAUCACAAAUCAUAUUUCCUGUGCUAACAGGUAUUUCAAUUCUAAAUUAAAACAUUUGUUGAAAUGAAAAAAAAGUUAGCAAUUAUUAAACAGUUGAAAUCAGCACAAAUAUUCAGUCGUUGUUGCAAAGUUGUGUCAGGGUGAACUUGCUGAUAGUGAAACCCUGAACAGGAACUGAAUGUGCAGAGCAUUAUUUUUAGCUGCCACUGUCUUCAACUCUGCAUACUUGUGGUUUAAUGUUGACAUCUACCAAUAUGUAGAGACACCGCUUUGCUUUACUGAUAAGCAAAAAUUAAGAGGACUGAGUGACAAUGUCUAGUAGAUACCAUAUUACCAUACCAAUAUGCAUAUAUGCAUGUGCUUAAAGUAUAUCUAAGUGCACAAGUUCAAUAAAAACACAAGCAUAGGAAACCACACACUUGUACAUUUUUGCUUUUGUAUAUAUCAUCACGUGGCCUUGUUUGCAAUGAAUGUAGUAUGUAAAUUGUAAUUUUGUCUCUAUUUGGUAACUUUUUUGUACACAUUUUGUUGGUUUUGUUUACUUUUUUUAUGAUUUAAUAAAUAAUAAUAAAAAAUACC